AUGGUGGCUGAGGUGUGUCUUGAAGAAGCAUCUCAAAGGUUUCAAUGGCAGUCUCUUGGUGAGCUCUUUCCAGGGAUGCCAUACCAUGACGUGCUCUUCAUGGAUGAUUGCAUCAUCUGGUCUCGUGGGGUUCAGGGUCUGGAGCGAAAAAUUCGGCAGCUCAUGGUCGUGUUGUCUGAGUUCGGGCUGAAGCUGAACGGUGGCAAGUGCCAACUCGUGUGUUCGCCUCACUGGACAGGGCCUAAGCACAUCAUGAUCUCGGGUGAGAAAGUUGAGGCUGUUUCUGAGAUGGAGGUGAUGGGUUUGCCGAUGAGGGUUGACAUGACCACUUCCGAGUUGGUGGCCCCCCUGGUGGCGAGAGCCCGGUCCAAAUUUUGGUCGCUCCAUCAUGUCUUUCGCUCCAAAACCUCGCUUCGCGGUCGACUUCGAACUUUGGCAACAGUGGUAGGGAACUCGGCUUUGUGGCCACUUGCAGCGUUUCCACCAGAUCGUCCUGCGAUGGGUUUACUCAACACCAUGCAGCUGCAGGUUACCAUUUGGACCAUGAGGGUUGCGAAACGGCCUGAUGAGGUGUGGGAUGCCUUCCGUCUUCGAGCUUACAGGGGGGCCCGUGCUGCCUUGCAUGCCAGUGGUGCUGAACGAUGGUCCACCACCUGGUUGAGGCACUUCCCUCGGCUCGCCAACCUGGAACGAGACAUGCACAAGGCCGCUCAUGGGUUGGGUGGAUGCAAUGGAUUUAACGUGGGCAAGUGGGAGGCAAACGAGGAUACAGGUCCGCCUGAUUGCAGCUGUGGCUCAGCUUUGCUGUGCAGCUACGCUUUCGUCUUUUGGUGCGAAGUUCGGCGGGUUCUGAAGGACCUCAGCCCCUCCCACUACACGAUCAUGCCGAAGAUGACUGCUUUCUUUGGUGAGGGGAUGGUGACCUGUGAAGCUCAGGGUGAUGAGUGCCUGGUGCUUCCUUGCUGCCCAGUGGGUGACUUCGGCAUGGGCGCUCUGGCCUGCUCGGGCAAAGCUACACCAGGGAUGCCGAGAUCGGUGGCCUCCGCUGUUGGGCUUGCUCCACCUGUACUCGAUGCAGGACGAUGCGAAGAAGAUCGGCGGGAGAUGUACCCCGUGGUGCUCAACGGUUACACGAUGCACGAGCUGAUCCUCGGCAAGAAGGUCUGGGGCCUGCUUUGGGGGCUCGGCAUGGGCUGUAUGGAUGCCCGACUGGAGCUUGGCUAUGAAACCGCUGCUGGCCUGCUGAUGGGUCAGGGUGCUCCGGCUGGGUUUUCCUGUGAAGUCUCUGUGGGCACUCUGCAGGGACGAAGGCCCAUCCAAGGGGUUGACGAGGAUGUCGAUGGGGAUAUGGUUGUCAUGAUGCAGGGGUACUUGCCAAAGGAUGUGAGCCCGAGAGCUGAUGGCAUCCCCAGGCGAGAAUUUGAGGAACUUGUGGCAGACUUCAGACCGUCGGCUGCGAGGGGGUCGGCAGGCUCUGAAGUGAGUCGCAGGGGCCGUGGAACGAUGGAAGGCCCAGUCGAGGCUGACGAGGAGGACGAUGAUACGACAGGGCUGUUCCAGACCCAGAUGACAGCACGCCGUACUUGGGAACAGCUUAUGGAUCUGUUCUGGGGUUGGAGGGCAGACAGGGAUGAUGAGGCCUACAUGGCAUGGUGUCAAGGGGCCCUUGCCCUGCUGUUCACCACCUAUCGGAACGACCGAAGCCCUCGUGGGGUCGUCGUGGUGGUGAAAGGGAAAGAAGGGCCGGGAGGUCGAGAUCAAAUCGAGAAAAUCGACGUCGCCGAGAGCCCGCUCCUCCUGCCUCCUCGGGGUCAGCUCGUGGUUCUGCGGAUGGUUCUGCGAGGGGUUCUACGAGUUGAGGUUACAGCUGGGGAUGGGCCCUUCAUUCCGGAUGCCCGUGCUGACUAUAUUCGCCGAGUGAUCUCGGGGUUCACAGCGGAGCAACAAGCCCUCAUCACAUUGGGGCUCAUGACCGUGCUCAGGGCGAUCCUUGCAGAGCUCGGAGUGGACGAUGAGGAUGACGAUGGCAUCCCCACACUCAUGCUGCAGGUGGACGUGCAGCUGGAAGGAUUCGAUGCCUUAAGCCUCGUGCAGAAGGACGUCACACUGGUUUCCGGGGUUAUGGCAAGGCUACAGGAUGCUCUUAUGGGAGGUGACCUGGGCUUGGCAAGAGUUCGAGCCGAGCACCUCCGGUCGAGGGUGCAUCGCUUGAGGCUGGGAUCCUUCGUGGAUAGGGACCUGGCGGACCGUGUUGAAGCCCUUUGUGUCGUGGUUGAGGAGAAUGGCUUGUCGUCGGUUGCGGGAGGUUUCCAUGCCAUGCCGGAGCAAGUGUCUGAAUGGACAUGGAGCUGGUGGCGAACAUUGGAGCCGAUGCUGCAUAUCGAGCAGGACAACCCGCCGGUGCAGCCUGACACGCUCCAGGUGACGAGCUCGGCAGAGGCUUCCCUCCCAGGCAGCUCUAUCAGUGACGCUGAGGUGGCUCGGCUGGUAGCUGAUCAGGAAGAGAACCGUCGAGAUGAGGAAGCACUUCGAGAACAACAAGAACGGUUCGAGGCUGAGGAGUCGAAGUACUAUGAGGGUGUGGAGGCCGUGGUGGCUGCGGAGGUUGAGCUCCAAACGUCCAGGGCAUGUAAAGAAUGGGAUGACUGGGCGGUAUGGGACGAGAUGAAUCGUCCUAUUCGGAGUCGAAAGAGGGCAUUUCUCGAGGUGAUGGUAAGUUCACCUGGGGGCGAGGGUGGUGGACAAAGAUGGUCUGUGCCCUUUGACCCUCACUCCGGGCAGCAGGUGGUACUGAAGUUCUACAAGUCUGAGGUGGAGCCUGAAGGUGUUGGGGGCCGCGAGACUCGAACAGGAGACCCUGCUGAGAGUGCUGGGAGUGAUGCCUCAACGAUCCCUGCUUCUGGUGGAGACCUGCCUCGUGAGGUACCUGCCUGUGGGGUUCCCCUGGAAUUUCAGCAGUUUCAGAAGGUCUACGAACAGUGGAAUGAAGGCCAGCUCUCCAACGAUGCGGUGAAGCAGCAGUUCGGUGUGGACACCCUGGAGUUAUUGGAGACCCAGAAGAUUGUUUUGGGGCCAGAAAACUGUCGAGGGCACUCAGCAUGGAAUGGGUCGUCUCUGGAUGCUACGAAUCAACUUCGGGGUGAAGGAAAUGCGAUGAUGUCUGGUGGUUCGUUGAUGGUGCAGAACGGUGAGGGUAAGCCGAGUGUGGCCAAACGAAUGCACGGACACGCUCCUUGA